CAGGUGCUGAUUGGUGGUUUAUUCUAACACGCUAGAGGAUGAGCUCAUCUGCAGCCAAUGGCCAGGCUGCACCCGGCCAGACCCCUGCACCUGGCUGGAGGGCGCAAGGCGGCCACGGGUGGUUCACGGUCGCCCGCCGGAGUGAAGGGGCGGUGGCGGCAGGGCUGGGUCUGGCCGCGCGGACCGAGCUCCUGGCUCGGGCAGGUCACCGCUGCAGGACAACAGCCAUGAGCCUGGUGGCCUGCGAGUGCCCUCCUGGCCCAGGCCUGGAGCCUGAGCCUUGCUCCCGCGCACGGUCCCAGGCCCGUGUGUACCUGGAGCAGAUUCGCAGCCUGGUGGCUCCUGGGGCCCUGGACGUGACCAAACGUGACUACCUGGUAGAUGCAGCCACGCAGAUCCGGCUGGCCCUGGAGCGUGAUGUCAGCGAGGACUAUGAGGCCGCCUUCAACCACUACCAGAACGGCGUGGACGUCCUGCUGCGAGGCGUGCACGUCGACCCCAACAAGGAGCGACGCGAGGCUGUGAAGCUGAAAAUUACCAAGUAUCUGCGGCGGGCCGAGGAGAUCUUCAACUGCCACCUGCAGAGGACUCUGGGAGGAGGAGCAAGCCCUGGCACGGGUUUCAGCAGCCUGAGGCUCCGGCCCAUCCGCACACUGAGCUCUGCCCUGGAGCAGCUGAGGGGCUGCAGGGUGGUCGGGGUCAUCGAGAAGGUGCAGCUGGUCCAGGACCCAGUGACUGGAGGGACCUUCGUGGUAAAGAGCCUGUCCAGGUGUCCCGUGGCAAACCGGGAGCGGCUGACCAUCAUCCCGCACGGUGUGCCCUACAUGACUAAGCUGCUUCGGUACUUUGUGAGCGAGGAUUCCAUCUUCCUGCACCUGGAGCAUGUGCAAGGAGGCACACUCUGGUCCCACUUGCUCUCCAAGGAGCACCCCCGACAGUCUGGGCUCAAGUCUGGCUCCGGCCCCGAGAGGAUGAAGGCUUCGCUCAACUCGCCCCUCAGCCUCCAGACCCCAGCACUGCUCCCCCAGGGACCCGCCCGCCUGCAGGACAGAAUCCUGCUGGAGCCUCCGCGGACUUCUCAGAGCCUCCCCCAAGCCAGGGGGGCCCCAGCCAUCGAUCCCCAGAGAGAGGCUGCAGGUAGCCCUUCAGCCAAGACCCAAACUUUCUGCCCCCCGGACCUUCUGAGGGCCCCAAGUGGCCGCCUGCACCUCCAAGCCAGACGGGGACCCGGCCGGAGCUCGGACGCGAGGCCCUCGUGGGGGCUCCCUUGGGUUCAUCAGGGAGCUGUCCGGGUGCUGGGGGCCUGCAGCCGAGGCAAAAGUCCGAGCCACCCCUUAGCAGACGGGGCCCACCCCGGGUUCAGCAGGGGCGCCUGGCACGUGAACGAAGAGCAGGUGAGGCAGUGGGCCGCGGAGACACUGGUGGCGCUGGAGGCGCUGCACGAGCAAGGGGUGCUGUGCCGAGAUCUCAAUCCCCGGAACCUGCUUCUGGACCAGACAGGUCACAUCCGGCUCACGUAUUUUGGCCAGUGGUCGGAGGUAGAGCCCCACUGCUGCAGGGAGGCUUUGGACAAUCUCUACAGUGCGCCAGAGGUGGGUGGGAUUUCUGAGCCAACGGAAGCCUGUGACUGGUGGAGCUUUGGGUCUCUGCUGUAUGAACUGCUGACUGGAACUGCACUGUCACAGAGCCACCCCUCGGGAAUCCAGCCCCAUACCCAGCUCCAGCUGCCUGAGUGGCUCAGUCGCCCAGCGGCCUCCUUGCUGACUGAGGUGAGCCACAGCCAGCCUAGAGGAGGUAGCUUCCUGGCCCCAGGGUGGGUGCUGGGAGGGCAGAGUCCUGGCAUGACCGGUGGGUGUCUGAUGUGGGUGCAGGAGGGUGAUUGGGGACAACAAAUUGGCGUAUGCCGGUGGCCAGACACCGCUAGUGUCCCCAGGGUACCACUGGGGGUUCCGUGGGCCGGGCAGCUGGGAGUGGUGACCGACCACCUCACCCCGGCUGAGGUCAACCCAUGCCUCAGCGACAAGGGUCUGCCAAGCCCGCUGGGCUUUCUCCGCAGCUGCUGCAGUUUGAUCCUGCGCGGCGCCUGGGCGCUGGAGGAGGCGGUGUCAACAGGCUCAAGGCCCACCCCUUCUUCAGUACUACCCAGUGGAGCAAACUGGUGGGGUAAGAGGGGCAGAGGGGCCACGGAAGCUGCUGGACUGGUCUGGAUUGCCUCCCUUUGCCUGUCACCUGGAGGUGGCCCACGUAAUCAGCGGCCCCCGGGCAAAGAAGACAGGGCGGCUGCUUUUCCUGCACAAGCCCCUCUUGGGCACCAGAAGUGACCAUCGCCACUGCCCAGAUGGGCCUGGGCGUCCCCCCGGCCAGCCCCGGAGACACUUUCUGGUCUUUACUGAAGGGGAAGGACAGGGAGCUCUCACCCCACCAGGCAGAUCGGACCCCUCCACCCAUCCACCGUCCAGCCUUCGGCAGACACCUGUACCUUGACUGCAGACCUGCAAAGGGUGUCUCCUGCCGCGUUAGCUCGGAGCCCCCGAUCCGCUGCCGAACUGACCGCAAGGUCUUGGGACUAUCUGCCCUGUGCCCCGCUUGGGAUGCCUCUGGAGACUCAGGAUACUGGCUCGGUGGACCCAAGCCAGGGCUGCCCUGCCUGGUCAUCUUAGGCGUGCAACUAGUGGGCCUCUUCCCCCCUCCCAGGCUAUUCCUGCAGGGUGUGGGGAGGCUGGGGAAGCAGGGAGAAGCCUGUAGUGGGCAUGGAGUGAGGUGGGGGACAGAAUGAUCUGUGAUUCCAGACUUUGGAGAACAGAAGGAAGGCGGGAGAGGAAAAUAAGGAUAAGCGUAAUAAAAGGGAGGAAUGCACAGCUCGGCCACUUAAGGGUAAUUCUGAAAGCAGAACAGAGCUCCCUACCCUAGCAAGCCCACCCAUGUGCAAAAGGGAACAGACUCCGUGGGUCUGAGCGGGGGUCACAGUGCAGCUGCCAGGCUGAAGCCACUACCACACAUUGUACCCGUCAGGAUUCCCUUCUUGGGCACUUGUCCUGUUUUCCCAUUUUGCAUUUGCAUUGAGGGUCCGCUCAAGUCACCGCUCCCUGUGACUUCAUCCCCUUUUGAGGUGAGAAACGACAAAACACACGGAUUGUCUGCGCUUUUAGCCAGAGGCACAAUGUUUCUGGUCCCUGAAGAGCUGGCGUGAGUAGUUACCCCAAAGACUAUCGCCUCCCCAGGUUUGGGGGCCCUCUUUUCUCCGGGUUCUUCCUGUUACUGGGGUGUGGCACCCAAGACGGAAAUUUCCACUAGGCCUCUGCCCCCAACUCCUUCCUUCCAGUGUGUCUGACACCACCAGGUGGCGCCCUGACACUUCUCCAGUCUGGCUGUAAAGGUCCAACCUUGACUCUAGAGGUGGGGAUGCCAGGGAGGGCAGCCUGUUUGUGCUUUCCCUGGGCCUUGCCCACACCUCCCCCUGCAAUAAAGCCUGCUGGUACCCAUGGUGUCCUCGCCUCCUGAACGCAACGAGAGCAGCCCUGCCAUAAGGAGAGAUUGGAAGGCCCCCCGGAGAAAACUCCGUACUUAGUCAAGAGUGAGCCUGGAGUCUACUAGAAGGUAGGAAGCAGGGCUGGUGGUGAAGGGCAUGCCAGCCUGUGCCCUGCAGAGCAGCUCUGAGCCGAGAGGAAGUGCUGGCACAUAGGGGACACUGGAACCUGGGAAAUAAAGUAGGAAGAGAAGUCUUAGAAGAGGGUCCGGGAAGGGGGGUGGGAACACUGGUCUAAUCCUGUGACCCGAGAUGGAUGGUGGCUCCCAUUUCAAAGACGUUAAUGAUGUGAACAGGCUCCCCCAGGCCCUAAGUCUCUGUUCCUUUUGCUACACUACGUUAGGCUAGACUGCUUCCAACCACUGCUGCAUGGAAGCGUGAGUUGCUUUUGGAACUUCUGGGCCUCAUCCGUGCAACAAACACUUGCACACCUGAUGCUCUGCUGGGCCUGGAGUUUUGAGUACUGUCGUCCCAGCCCUUAUGGGACUUCAAGUCUACCUCGUUUUGACAGGAUGG